UAUAAAUAUCAUUAGUGUUAUUUAGGCAUAAAAUGCAAUUACUUGUUAGUAAUACAUACUAGAAAUUAAAAUUUCCGUUGAGUAAUUUCAAAAAGACAUUAGCAAAAUUUUAAAAUUUUAUAAAACAAUAAUGUAUCUACUACCAGCGAUAUCUUUUAUUUACUUAAUCUAUUCAAUGAAUUGGUUAGUUUGUGCGUCUGCUGUAGACUGGUCAAAUUCCCCGUUGGAUAGUAAUGACGGUGAAGACGAAUUUUAUGAAGAUGAUUAUACCAAUCAGCUUAAACAACAAUAUCCAUUUACGUCGAAGCGUUAUAUGACAGUUGCAGAGGAGAAGAAAUUUUGGAAUAAACUAUUCAGUGGAAUACGAACAGUUGGACCACAGAGAUUUACACCACCACGAGGGCCAAGUACAUUAAGAUUUGGUUGA